ACACGGCGAGGGUAACUGGAACGCCGUGCAGAGAAACACCGGCUUGGCUCGUUGUGGCAAAAGUUGCCGGCUCCGGUGGGCUAACCAUUUGAGACCUAAUUUGAAGAAAGGUGCCUUCUCCCCGGAGGAAGAAAGGCUCAUUGUUGAAUUGCACGCUCAACUCGGUAACAAAUGGGCCCGCAUGGCUGCUCAGUUGCCGGGAAGAACUGACAAUGAAAUCAAGAACUAUUGGAACACAAGAGUUAAGAGGCGCCACCGCCAAGGGCUGCCGCUGUAUCCUUCGGAAAUUCAACCACAACAGAAACGCCAAGAGCUCAGCCGUCCACAGUCUUCACAAUCUCUUCAAUCUUAUUAUUCAUCUCCUUCAACUCCCACAACUCCAAACUCAGCCUCCUUCACUUUCAACACAACUCCCAACACCCCCACCACCACUCAACACCCUUAUCCUCCGCCGUGUUACAGCCGCAGCCGCAGCCAAACUCCUAAUUCUCUCCCCCCAACCCCUCCACAGCUCUCCCCUAGCCUCCAGUCUCCAACUUUCUCCACUCUUCCUCUCUUUGACUCCGUUAAUGGCCACCACUUCUGUCAUCCAAAUUCAAACACAUAUCUCAACAACCCUUUUAACAUGGCUAGAACUCCUCCUAUUCUUCAAAACCCAGUUAGUUUUAAACGCUUUCAUCCUGAUAGCGAUAAUAAUAUCGAUAAUAUCAACAAUAUCAAUCCUAGUAACAGCCAAAUCAUGGAGAACAGUUACCAAAAUAGCAACUUUUAUGGUAAUAAUCAUCCUUUCUUAAAUAAUUCUAAUUUGUUGUCAAUGCCUUCGUUUUCACCCCUUCCCGAUAACUUCAACGGUCAAGAUUCAUCAAUGUAUCCAAGUCCGGUUGAGAAAGAUGGGUUUUUGUGCAAUGAUUCGGGCAGUUUUAGUUUGAAACGGGAGCUCCCUUCAAGCCAAGCAUUGUCACAUCAGCCAUAUGGAAAUGGUGAGGUGAAUUUUGAUAACGAGAAGUUGAGUGUGUCGAGCAGUGGAAGUGGGUUGUUGGAGGACCUUUUAGAGGAAGCUCAGGCCAUGGCUAGCAGCAACUAUGGCGACAGUUCAAGGAGACUCAGCGGUAGGGGUUCCAUUGAAGAUCAGAAUAAGCAAGAAUUUGGUGGCUUUAAUCAAUGGAGUGAUUCAAGUUCUUUGAAUCUACCAUCAGGAAUGAAGCCAGGGGAAGAUAAUAAACAAGGCCAAAUGAACACAAAUGCGAUUCCUUCAAUGCGGGUGGCUGCAGGGUGGUAUAAUGACAGCGGAGAAGCCUCAAACUGUCAAUCUUCAGUAGUUACAGAUGAUAAUAUUGGACUUGAAAUGCAGCAGAUAGCUUCAUUGUUUCACAGUGGCCAUGCCAGAGGCAAUAAUCAAGGCUCCAGCUCUUUUGAUAACUUUCCAGGAAUCUGCUAAAGACUGCAAAUAGAGUCCUUUUUUUUUUUUUUUUUAAAUAAUUUAAAUUGCAUGUCUAUGUACUGAGUUCAAAUUGAUAUGGCUUUUGGUCCCAUCCGCACACAUAAGUAAAUAAAAUUUGAUUAUUUGUUUGUA